AUGCAGGCACAUCUCUCGGCGAUCCAUGAUGAAAUGUGGGAAGUUGUAUGCACAGGACCCAUCACAGUGAUGAUGGUGAACACCAAUGCUGCUGCACAGGGAGCUGAUGCAGAACCGAUGAUACCGAAACCAAAGUCUCAGCUCAACUCGGAUGAGAAAACAAGAGCUAACCUGGAUAAUGUGGCACGAGACAUUCUUUACAAAUCACUGGACGACUCUCUCUUCCCAAGAGUUCACAAAUGUAAAACAGCCAUGGAGAUAUGGAACGUUCUUAUGAACUUGGGAGAAGGAGAUGAGCAAGAAAAGGACAACAAACUCACUGUUUCCAUGAAGAAGUUUGAAGACUUCAAAAUGAUGCCUAACGAAGCUAUCACCGACAUGGAGCUAAGAUUCACAAAGCUUCUGGGUGACCUGUCAGAUCUUGGAAAAGAGCUCACUGAAAAGGAAAAGAAUUUGAAGAUUCUUCGAGGUCUCCCGAAAUCAUGGGACAUGAAAGUCACUGCAAUGAGGGAUCAUCGCGACAUGAAAACCACAAGCACAAGAAAAAUAUUCAGUGAUCUGAAAGCCUAUGAGUUCGAGCACGAACCGAAAGAAUCAGAAGAACCCGAGAUCAGAAACGCGGCUUUGGUGGCCAACCAACAACCCUCGACAUCAAAUAGGUCAACUUCUAACUCUGCAAAUUUUUUAUCUGACGAACAAUAUGCCAUUUCCUCAAGCUCAAGCUCGGAUGAUGACAGUGCUAAUGGAGAGAAGGGACUUCUAUGCUUGUUCAGCAAGGAAGACGAAUCAAGCGAAAUGUGUCUUAUGACACAAGAUGAAGAGGUAGACUCUCAAUCAUCCUCUUUUCUUUCGUUAGAAACAAACUCAUCACAUGAUCAAAACUCCAAUGAAUCUGUUAAUGAUGUGAUGAGGAGAUUUGCUAUCAUAAAUAGCACAUACUCUAAAUUGAAGGAGGAGAACUCUCGAUUAUUGAUCAGCCACAAUGAGCUAAGGCGAGUUCGAAUAGAGAACAUAAAGCUAGCCAUUGUAAAGGAUCAACUCGAAAAAAUGGUAAAUGGGUCAAAGCCGCCUGGGGAAAGAACCGGAAUUAGUUAUGACCUCGGCUCCUCUUCACAUGCCACCUUAAACCAACCCACAAAUGUUUACACCCGUGAAAGCUUUACAUCUAUUUUUGUUCAAGGUCCCACUCAAAUGUCUGAGCCAAUGACCAAGGAAAAACAUGUCAUAUGGUAUGUGGAUAGUGGAUGCUCAAGACAUAUGACUGGUGACAAAACAAUUUUGAGCAACUUUAAGGAAAUUGAUGGCCCAAAAGUGAUAUUUGGAGGAGAAACAAGUGGAAAGGCGUGUGGAACAGGAGAUGUCAUUAGAAAUGGCAUAACAAUUCAAAAUGUUUCAUACGUAGAAGGAUUGAAAUUCAACUUGCUGAGCACAACUAAAAGCAAUGCAGAUCUAUGUUGGGAAUGGCACAACAAACUAAGUCAUCUGAACAUUAAGACCAUCAACAAGCUUGCAAAGAAAAAUCUUGUAGAAGGUCUACCAGAAGCAACGUACAUCAAAGAAAAAAUUUGUGAAGCAUGUCAAAAGGGAAAACAAAUGAAAUCAUCUUUCAAGUCCAAAGAAUCAGAUAUAAACUCUCGACCAUUGAGUUUGCUACACAUGGAUUUAUUCGGACCAGUUGACCCCGCAAGCCUCAGUGGACGAAAGUACACGCUAGUCGUGGUGGAUGAUCACACGAAGUGUUUUAUUCACAACAACGGGAAGACUCAUCUAAAAGCUUUUGACGAAAGAGCUGAUGAAUGA